UCAUUUCUUCUAUCCCGUCUUCUAUCUAGGUAGCUGUGUACUCUUAACUACCAAUAAGAUUACUAAUAUAUCCUCUGAGGGCCAAUAAGGACAAAGCAAUCUAGUCAGCUGGGUGUGUUGAGUUGGAGUUUACACUUUGGACCCCAGAAGAGCUGAGAGAUACAGAGCAGACUCUUCAGAAACGGAGACCUCGGAGUAAAUUAGAUAUUUUGUUUGAGUUGCAGUUGUUUUGACAGCUUCUUUGGUGUGCCACUCAAGCAGGAAAAUUAUGGAGCAUUACCCGGAUCAGGGUUGUGAUGGCCUUGAGCUGCUUGACUGGCUAUUUGAUCAAAAUAAUGGUAUUCUCCGUCACGAAGAACCAGGACAACACACUUGGCCAAUCCAGGACCCAAAUCAGAUGUUGCAGCCACCCGAACAGCCAAACGAUGAUUUUCUCAAUGCGCUCCUGCGUGGCGGUGAUUCUGUGUCAGCCUCUCCGCUCUGGUCACCAUCUCCCAGUGACAGUGGGAUCAGUGAGGACCCUCCAUCAGACCAGAUGGACAGUCCUCAGCGCCCUGAAAGCCCACCCGGGGAUUCCCAUUUCUUUGGUACAAGACCACUAACCAAGGCGGCCCUGGAAGCCAAUGUCCCCGCUGACUUCAGUGGCUGGAAGCUCGGCUUUCAAAUGGGCAAGACCAGGAUUACACAGCCUUCUGAUGUGCAUACAUCACAGCUUUCCUCUAGCUUCCCCCUAACUGUCAAAGAUCUGCUAUUGUCGGGCACGUCUGAGCCAGUCCCACAGCCGUCCCAAAAGUCCAUUCAAGAGCUGGUUCUCAAUGAAGAUGAGAAGAAGCUUUUAGCAAAGGAGGGAGUCACUCUGCCCACCCAGCUGCCUCUCACAAAGUAUGAAGAAAGGAUUCUGAAGAAAAUACGCAGAAAAAUUCGCAACAAGCAGUCGGCCCAGGAGAGCAGAAAGAAGAAAAAGGAGUACAUCGAUGGGCUGGAAAGCAGGAUGGUUGCCUGCAGUACACACAACCAAGAGCUACAGAGAAAAGUGUCCCAGCUGGAGAAAUGCAACAUGUCACUAAUGGAACAGCUGCGCAGGCUGCAGGCCCUGGUCAUGAAUACAUCGAAUAAGCCAGCCCAGACUGGGACAUGUGUACUGGUGCUCGUGCUGUCCUUCUCCCUAAUACUGUUCCCAAGCCUCAAGCCCUUAUCUGACUCCAAAGUCAGCCAAGGAGACUUCACUCCAGUCAGAAUCCAGUCACGGUCCCUGCAGAACCUUCAGGCUUCCCGCGUGCUCCAUGUCACUGAAUCCCCAUUCUUCACCGAGGAUGAAUCAGAGCCUCUGCACCGGCAUUACCCAGAAGACCCGGGAUUGGAAGAUUUGACCGCACUGAUGGAGAAGAUGGCAGUAGACCAAGAACAAUCCACUUUGGAGUCCGUGUCUCUCAACAGCAGUCAGGAAGACAAAAUCGGUCAUUUCCAUGUAGACCCAAUUACUGGUCACAUCGCUACUGUGACCUUGAAUCCCCAUCGCUCUGCCAGGUUACAACCACACGCUGAUGGUAUGUAAGAAAGAAAGGAAGCAAAAUUUUCAAAUUAUCCUACUCCUAAUGGUAGAGCAGGGGAUUAUCAGGGGCUGUUGUUUACACAAAGGGAAAUUGGGUUUUAAUCAUUCCCAUUUUGUCUUUAAUACUUAUGUAGCCUGUAUGCUUUUUUUCUACUUGUGAUACUGUUUUAUAUCAGUGUUUGGAUUUGAAUCCCUACUGAAAUUUCUUUUUCUGUGUAUGCCUUGCCUUUGAUGAAAUGCCAGUGUAAAUUGCUGUUUGAGAAUGUCAAAAAAUGUGGUGAAUAGAGCCGUGAUUACGUGUAUAGUUUUGAUCAUAAUGAAUGAUUUUUGAAAUGUUAAAGGAUUUUCAAAGCAUGUUUUCUCCGAAGAGUUGAUUGCAGCAGUUUGGAUUUAUUCAUGGAUUAAACAUCCUAAAGGAAAAAUUUUUUUAAAUAACACAACAAAAUCAGUGGUUUGAAUAUACUGUGUACGCAUUUUCUGUAUUUUCAAGCUUUAAUUAUUAAAAAGUGAAAACAUGUGGUACAA